AUGACCCGAACGCGAUUCCCGACUGUCCGGCGAAUCUCAGGAAGUUCUGGUCCAGUGUUCCGGACAGCAUGCUCACGCUGUUCCUUGCCAUUUCUGGUGGGAUCAGCUGGGACGAAGCCUUCCGACCACUGCGAGAGUUCUCCCCGCUGGGGACAGCUUUGCUACUGGGACUGCAUGCGCAACUGA